CCAAACCACAGUCAGUGAAAACAGAUGGGGACAAAACGGUUCUCACAUGUUUCUGAUUUAAGUCAGCCUCUAUUGCACUAAAAACAACUCAGAGGAAACAGUCAGGCGUUAAAACAACAACUUUUUUCCACACCACAGGGAAGCAGAAUGUGUGCUGGACACAACGAGACUCUGCGAGCCUCUACAUGUCAAAGUGGAGCUCCUGUGUUUUUCUCCAACCCUUUAAUGAGUGGAGCUGAAUCAGACUGGUCUCCGAUUCAUGAUGCUGCUUUUAACGGACGCCUCCUUGCUCUGCAAAGACUCAUAGCUCAGGGCUCAUGUGUAAACCUGAGUACUCUGGACCAGGUGUCUCCUCUCCAUGGAGCCUGCAUGCGAGGAAAUGUGGCUUGUGCAAAACUUCUGAUGGAGAAUGGGGCCAAUGUAAACCUCUCCACGGUGGCUGGUCAAACUCCCCUGUCAGAAGCUUGUUCUGGGGGUCAUGUGACCUGCGUAUCGCUGCUCCUUAAACAUGGAGCGACUCCCGUGGGGAACAGCCACACCAGCUCUCCUCUCCACAGGGCUGCAGCAAAAGGUCACUCAGAGUGCAUCGAGCCUCUUGUUCAGCACGGUGCAGAUGUGGAUCAUUAUGUCGACCAAUCAGGGUCCCCUCUUCACAUAGCCUGCUCCAAUCAGCAACUGGGUGCUGUGAGGAAACUGCUUCAACUUGGUGCUGCUGUGAACACCUGUGUGUCCGGAGACUCUCCUCUGCACAUCGCUGCUCGUCUGUCCAGCCCUGAGCUGGUUUCUGUCUUGCUGGACCAUGGAGCCGACCGCUCCCUCAGGAACUCAGAGGGUAAGCAGCCUCUGGACCUCACAGCUCCAAACAGCUUAGUGGAGAGGCUGCUGAGACAAGCCGAAGGAGUGUCUCCUCUAAAGCAGCUGUGCCGGCUACACAUCAGGAAAACUGUGGGCAGGCAGAGACUGGGUGGGAUUCAGGACCUGCACCUUCCUACACAAGUGAAACAGUAUCUCCUCUAUCAAUCAGACUCAGGGGGGACAUAAGAACGUAAUGAUUCUGAAUGAUUCACCUUUCAGCCAGUAGGGGGAGCACUUACACAAUCUGGCAGUGAGAGGUUUCCUCCAUGGCUCCAGGAGGGUGACUGAUGAUAAUCUUCCUCCGUGACGGACUUCUGCUUCUCAGGAUCCUUCUGGACAUUUCUGUGGAAACUAAAGAGUCUUUGAGAAACCUUUUUGUAAUGAAAUACUCAAAAAAUGUUUAAAAUAGGAAUAGGCUGCUAAAAAGUAACGAGUAAAGUGCCUUUACCAUUGCACUAG